AUGUCCUCAAAUAAUUUAACAAAAAUUCGAUUGUAUAUUGAACUUUCUCCUACCGAUCAAUCAAAUUCUGUUCUCCACACAAAAACUUUCGAAUUGAAUGGGAAGAAAUCAAAACAAACAACUUUUAACGAUAUUUUACUACAAUUACAAGAUGAUCUUCAAAUGAUUUUCCCACAAAAUUCGUGUUUUGUCAUGACAACUACAUCAAAUAUUUCUUCAGAAAUGGUUGUUGGUUUGAGUGAUGACACUUCUGAUAUGUCAAGUGUUUCUAAUGACGCUAGUUCAUCAAAACAUGACAGAAUGAAGAGUUUUGGAGCAAACUUGGUUGGAAUGGUAUACGGUGGAGGAAAGAAGAGAAAGAGUAUUCCAGGAAGUUUCUACUAUGAUAAACAAGAUAUUUCAGAAGGUUUAGUUUCAAAGAAUACUUCACAUCAAAGUACUACUUCUAAUGAUUCUGAUGAGAUGAAUGAUGGAGAAAUGAAGAGAGAAUUCAUCAAGAUGAAAUCAACUGUAUUUUCCAUGAAGGAAUAUGCUCAUAGUUAUCAUUUGAUUUCAGCUGAUAAUCAACCACCAACAAUUGACACUCUUUAUUUGGAAUUAUUCCCAAAUUGUGCACCUUUCAAAGCUAAAGUAUUUGGAAAUUACUUACAAACUAUUUGUAAGAAUGAAACUCUUUUCAAUUUCCACUUUUUAAUGAAGAGUUUAAAGACUUAUAACACCUUAAAUAGUAAUUGGAUUAUUUCAGAGAUUGAAUCUAGAAAAAAGACUCCAUUCACAACACUUCUCAGUCCACUAACUGUUCUCUCACCCCAAACACUCUCACUCUGUGCAAAUAAUGUAGAUUUGAAGAAUAUUGACACAUUAUAUGCAUCACUGACAGAUGAAGAACGUUUGCAUGUGAAAGAACCAACAUUGUACCUGUUGAGAGAUGUGAAAAUUCCUUUUGUUUUGAGAGCUUGUUUCCACUUUUUAAAGUCCAACGAUCCUUCAAGUCAAACUCCACGUGUGGCCAAUGAAGGAAUCUUCAGACAAGCUGGAUCCAAGGUCAAGAUUGAAAAGUUUAUGAAAAAGUUCAAUACCUUGUUGGCCUUCCCAACUAUUUUCCCUAAUGGAAUUCAUUUCCCUCCAAAUACAGAUGCUCACUUGGUUGCUGAUCUCAUCAAACGUUUCCUUCGUGAAAUGCAAGAUCCAUUGUUGAGUUAUGAGAAAUACGAUGAAUUCAUUCGAUUGUUUGAACCUCAUGCUGAUGUAGAUGGAAUUACACAAGAAGCCAGUAAGGACUAUUUCCAUGUUUUGGAAUCAACUAAGAGACUUGUUCACACUCUACCUCAGGUCAAUCAAGCAGUUCUGAGAGAAUUGUUGAGUAUUUUGAGAAUGGCCUCUAUUGGUGAGUAUGCCAAUGACACUAAAAUGACACCAAAGACUAUGGCUAUUGUCAUGUCUACUAAUUUAAUGUUCGUCCCUCAAUCAUCUGUCGCUGUUGUGUUGGAUGAUUUCAAGAGAAUGUCCAUUCGUGCUCACUUACAAAAGCAACAACAAACUCUACCAAUUAUUUGUCAAGUCUGUAGAUUUUUGAUUGAGAAUGCAGAGCAAAUUUUCCCUUCACAAUCAAGUGGAAGCUCCUCUGUCACAACACCAAGAUCUAGUAAUAGAUUUUCUAUCAACUUGUCAGCUCUCGGAAAUGAUGAGUUUUCAGUCAUGUCCAGUAGAAGAUCAGCUCAAUUCACAUCCUCAAUGAUGCAACAAUUGAACUCUGUUAUCAAUAAGAGUGAUUCCUCAGAUGAUAAUACUCAAACAGCAAGCUCUGAAUCAACACAACCAACAGAUAAUGCUCUCAAACUUAUGGAAGAGCACAUGAAGGAAUUGGAAGAUGAUUACCAACAACAAAUCAUUAUUCUGAGUCAAGAAUUGGAAGAGCUCAGAAAGGACAUUUCCUAUAAGGAUGAAUUAAUUAUCGAACUCAAGAAGGAGAGCUUUAACAAUCUACAAAAGGAAGACUCAGUUAAGAAUUUAACUGAAACUUUGGAAAUUAUCCAAAAGGAAAAAGCAGAGCUAGAACAACAAACAAAUUCUUUAAAGAGUCAAAUUGAAGAAAAGGAAGAACACAACAAGGAAUUAUCUGAAUUCUGUGAAAGACUCCAACUCAAUUUGGAAACAAGGGAAAAGGAACUUGAUGAGAAAUCCAAGCAAUUGGAGAAGAAUAGCUCACAACCUACAGUCGAUCUGAAACGUUCUGCAGAAGAGGAACAAGAAAGAAAACUAGCCAUCGAAAACAGAAUUGCCCAAGUCCUUCAACAAGAACAAAUCAAAUGGAAACAAGAUGUUCAAGAAUUAAUUUCUAUCGAAAGAGAAAAAUGGCUCCUUGAAAUGGAAAAUGAAAAGAAUCUUUGGAACCAAAAGCAUGAACAAACUGUUGAAGAUGUUGAAAGAAAUUUCAACAAGCAAUCAUCUAUCUUGAAGGAAGAAUACGAAAAGGCACUCGAAACUUUGAGAAAUGAAAACCAGGAAUCAGAAAGAAAACUCCAACAAAAAAUGGAAGAAGAAUUACAAAAGCAAAAACAAACUCUUGAAAAGGAAAGUGAAAAUAAGCUCAUUCAACAAAAGGCUCAAUUAGAAACUGAAUUGGCUCCUCUCCAAGAAAAGGUUGUAAACUUGACUGAGGAAGUUCUUGUGAAAACUAAACAAUUCUACCAUCAAGCUUUAUUGAAUAUGAAAUUAGUAAUGAGUGAUAACAACUUUGAUAUUCCAGAAUUAAUUGAACAGGCAGUGAAUGAAAAUGUUAAUGAAGCCGAUAUGAAUGAGUGGAUUUCCAAAAAGUUGAUUUUCAAAAAGUAA